AUGUGGAAAUUAUCUCGACAUCCAAUCUUCAAUAACCCCUUCCGUUUGGUAAGAUCCAAAUAUAUCCAUCCAUUACGUCUGUCACUUCCUUCACCUUUCACUUUCCCUAAUUAUCUUUCUACCAAUGCAAAUUCCACAGAUGAUGAAACUUCCGUAGAAUUAAUUGAAAAAUUACCUAUUGAAGUCUCCAUGACAGGUCAAAACUUAAGACACACCACUGCUCAAAAUCAACUCGAUACUGCUAAAUUCUAUGAUCUGUUAAUUAAAGAAGGUGGCUUCACCCCUCGACAAUCCCUAUUAAUCUUGCACCUCAUAAUGCAAAUCUUGAACGAAAAUUUCUAUAACCAUUACAAUAUCAAAUUCUUGAGAAAUAUGGAAUUGGAAAAUGAAGAACAUUUGUUCCAUACUGCUGAAAAUGAAUUGAAAUCCGCCGUACAAAUAUCAAGAGAUACUCUUUUAAAUGAACAACAUUUACAAUUGAUUAAAUUGAUUCGUGAUUUGGAUUCAUUACAAGAUGAAAUUAAUGAAAUGGUAAUCAAUUUAUUACAAAAUGAAUCAAAAGUGGCCUUCCAUAAUCAAAAAUCAGAAAACACUCUAUUACAACAAAGAAUCAAAUUGGAUCUAUCCGAUUGUAAUAACAAGAUCGGAACAGAAAUUAUGGGGAAUUUAAGAUCAGAUAUAGAAAAUUUUAGAUGGCAAACAACGCGAAGUGGCUUGAUUGCUGUCUUGGCAUUGGUUUUCUCCAUAAUGGCAGGGGUUAAUAUUUCCAAGCAAAGAGAGGCGCCGGGCAACCCCACAAGCAGCCCCCCCUCCCCACUGAUAAGCAAAAUGAUUUAG